UCAGGUGUCCGGCGGGCACUCAGCCUGCCCGGUCACCGACUCACAGUGCCUCCAGGCCCGGCACAGUGGAAAGCGGGCCCACUGUUUCGCUGCACACUGCCUUGUAAAGUGAAGACAAUCACACGCCGCGUGACUCACUAGACUGUCAAUCUGAUAAACCAAACAUGUGCGAGAAUGGGAUUUCGAAUGUGAGAAAGUAAUACGAUUACUUUUUUGAAUAAUAAAUACAUUUGUCGUAGUGAAAGUUACAGCACAAACAAUCUAUUAAGGAAAGGCGGAAAGCGAGAUCCUAAGGUGGACGCGUGCACUGCAUGACAACUCAGAGGCACUAGUGACGCGCAUCCUUCCGUGAGUGACAAUGUCUCCGCUAAGGAUACUGACACUCCUGAUGGUGCUGAUGGUGGUGAUGGCGAUGAUGACGGAGGAGGUUGAGGGAGUACGACGCAGGCGGCGGCGGCGGCGGCCUCGGGGCAAGAGGGUGCGAGCAGAAGGUGGAAAAGGAACCAGAAGGAUACGACACACGGGGGGCAGGAGAGCAGAGUUUGUGCGGCGGCGCCUGAGGAAAGCACGUAGGCACAACGACGAGGGCACGCUGCGGCUGAUUGACGGCCGCGCGGAGUGGGAGGGAAACGUGCAAAUAUUCCACGAAAACCGCUGGGGUAACAUUUGUGACGAUGAGUGGGAUGACCGUGAGGGUGAAAUGGUCUGCAAGGCUUUGGGUUUCCCUGGCCUUGAAAAAGUUACCUACAGUGGAGUCUACGGUCAUGCCAGAGACAGAUUCUGGAUGGAUAACCUUUUCUGCAUGGGAACGGAGAAGAAUCUGACACAGUGCAAAUUUGACGGCUGGGGAAUCCACGACUGCGAGCGAGACGAAGCAGCUGGGGUAGUUUGCAGGAGUCACUUCUCUUCCUCUACUCCAUCGCCCACUUUACCUCCACGAGAUGAGCCAAUCAUUACAAAUAAAACCGUAUUAAAACACGCGGUGGAAGGGAAGGUGAAGCUUCGCCUGCAGGGAGGACGGUCGGAGUUCGAAGGUCGAGUGGAGGUGCAGCUGGCGGGGUCUGAGGAGUGGGGGCUUCUGUGUGGCGAUGGUUGGUCCCUGCUGGAGGGCAUGGUGGUGUGCCGCCAUCUGGGGUACGGUUAUGCCCAAGGAGCUUUGUCCACAGACUUCUUUGGGGGAAAUCGAUCAGAUAUCAUUAUCAGCGGCAUGAAGUGCACCGGAAAUGAGGGAAAGUUAGAACAGUGCCUCCAUGAUGAUGUGGGGGAGGUUUUCUGUCCUGAUCCAUCUGCAAAUGGGAAUAUUGCUGGAGUCACCUGUGUUCAAAAAAUGGCAGAUUUGGUGCCAGACCACAUGGAAUUGGCAAGGUCAGCUCGCCUGGAGGACAAGCAGCUCUUCUUCCUGCAGUGCGCUAUGGAAGAAAAUUGUCUAGCCACCUCAUCUGCGGAGGUUGAGAAGAGUGGCUAUGGGUGGCACCUCAAUACUCGGAGACUCAUGCGCUUCACUGCCAGGAUAUUCAACCAAGGAGAUGAAGCUUUCCGACCUUUCCUUCCCAAGCAGUACUGGGAGUGGCACGCCUGUCAUAUGCACUACCAUAGCAUGGAAGUGUUUGCUCACUAUGACAUCAUUGAUUCUCAAGGAAACCGAGUAGCAGAAGGGCAUAAAGCUUCCUUUUGUCUAGAGGAUAACAACUGCUUACCAGAUGUUGAACCUGUGUUCAAGUGUGCCAACUAUGGUGACCAAGGUAUCAGUCCUGGCUGUACUGACACCUACGCCUAUAAUAUUGACUGCCAGUGGGUUGACAUCACUGAUCUCAAGCCAGGCACAUACACAUUUAAGCUGGCAAUAAAUCCAGAGUUUAAGGUCGCAGAGAAGACAUUUGACAACAAUGCUGCUUCAUGUGAAAUGAUAUAUGGUACCCAGAAUGUGUGGAUAGGGAACUGUACACUGGGCAGACCCUAAUACAUUAUUAAAAUCAAGUAAGCCUUUCACAUUUCUGACUAAAACAUGUUGUGUGCCUAUUUGCUUGCUGAUGAUAAAACAAUCUUGUAAAGUCACCUACUCAGUGAAUUUUCAUUAAUAAGAAAAGAAUAUAUAUAUAUAUAUAUAUAUAUAUAUAUAUAUAUAUAUAUAUAUAUAUAUAUAUAUAUAUAUAUAUAUAUAUAUAUAUAUAUAUAUAUAUAUAUAUAUAUAUAUAUAUAUAUCCUUGUAAAAUAACAGACACACUGAACUCUCAUUAGUUUAGUGAGAUACUACGUCUCUGUGACACAAUGAACUGUCAUUAGUUUAGUGAGAUAAAUAAUUAAACAGUGAGUCUGGUUACCAAACAUUUCCUUACUUUUAGAUCAGGUUAUUAAUGUACCCUAAUCAUAUAAUGUAUGCUGUUAACUCAAGAGAAUUUUUAUUAUUAUAUAAGAGUGUGAAUGGAUAUGACACUUAUCCUUAGUAGUUCUUGCAAGACUGACUAAAAUGACAGAUAUAGCUUGUCAGUGAUCUUCAGUGAGAAUUAUUCUGAUUCCUUUUAACAUCUACUUUAAUAACCGAAAUAUACUAUAAAUCUAUUAAGUUGUUCAAAUUUACACAAUGUAACAUGUUUGUGUCUAUUGCUGGAGGAUCUUCUAUAUGCUAUGUUUGAAAUGAUCACAUUAAUGUAAUGUACAUGCAUCUAAUCUUCUCAGAGAAGUACAAACCAGGAAUUAAUUAACAUGUGGCAAAAACUUAAUCAUGUGCAUUUUGAGCACAUUUUGACUGUGUAGAAUAAGUUUUUUCCUUCUUCCUGUGUAUUAGUUAAUUUAUGUGAUACCUAUUUUGGAAUAUUGUCAGAUACAUGUUUAUGUGCAUGUGUGCAUAUGAUAUAUAUAUAUAUAUAUAUAUAUAUAUAUAUAUAUAUAUAUAUAUAUAUAUAUAUAUAUAUAUAUAUAUAUAUAUAUAUAUAUAUAUAUAUAUACUGUAUUGUAUUCUGAGAAAUUGGUUUGUAUGACUGAAAUAUCUAAGUCAGUAGAAUAAUUUUUUUCACCUUUUGUGUUCAUGAACUAUUUUAUGCAGGAGUAUUAUUAAAUUUUGUUGGUCGUUGCAAAAGAAAAAAAUAAAUAAAAAAAAAAUGUAUAUCCUGUGAAGUAUCUUAGUAAUAACCUGUUUUUAAGAAAAGAUCUGGAGUCAGGCAUGGGAAGUAGUAUAUGCAGCCAGAGUGGCUGACUCAAGAGUUGGGAUCACUAAAAUGGUCACAGCUUGAUCUCUUCCCCCCAAAAAGUUCAUCCCUAAGUGCCUUGUGACAUUAACAGUGUGUCUGUUUGGUUAGCUUAUCUCAUUAUCAUAAACAAAAUUAUUUGCAUAUCUAAUAGUUGUUAAUUUUGCUGUGUGCUUAAAGUAUGCCACUUGUGUUCCAUGACCACUAGAAUAAUUACCCUGCAAUGAAACAAGGAGAGCAUGACAACAACAUAGAUAGUUCAGAGUAAACAUACAAAUAGACAUAUAAUCUACAAGUAAAUAAUAUUUCUAAUUAUCAGUGAAGAGAAUUGAGGGAGACCUGAUGGAUUUACACAAUACAGUGGCUGCAUGUCAAGCCAAGGAGUGUAGUCACAGCUUGAUGUUUAUCAAAUUGUACUGUUCAGUGUUUUUUCUUUAUUAUAUGCUAUUUGCCAAAUAGUUUUCCUGCAACAUUCAAACUCAUGUUAUUCCCAAUUUGUGUUCCAUUGUGUUGUAUAUGAACUGCAUCUCUUUUAUACAUACUAUUACACUGUGUACUUACUCAUUUAGAUGUUCAUAAAGGAUGUACUGUAAUCACACCACUAUAGUGAUCACAGUUUUCUUUAUAGUGGUAUUUUUCCACACAGUCCAUGAUUUAAGGAGAAAAUAGAUAUUAGGAAUAAUGUAGGGACUCACUGCCACUUAGGCCCAUAUUCUGAAACACUUCUGCGUCACACCUCCUCUACAUUUCAGAGGCUCUAGUGUAAGUUACAUGGGCUUUCAAAUGUUUUUACAGUUCUAGUGACAGAUUAACAAGAUUUCUACAUUAUUAACAGAAGGAACACUCUUGAGAACCUGGCUAAUCAUCUUGUCAGCCUUAGAAAAUAGUUGUGGUGAAAGAGCAAAGUGUUUCUGAAUACAGGCUUUAAUUACACAUAUCUCUAAGUACAGAUUUGUUUAACAUAUACUGUAUUUUUUAACUUUUAAAAUAAAGAUGAUGAUAGUGCACACUGUGUAUAUCUAAGAAGAAACUAACUGUUGAUUAAUGAAGAAACAAUCGAUAUCAAAUUAUAUAGCACAAACUAUGUGAGACCUUUUUUGUAUGCGAUUCAGUAUUCUGUAGAUGAGGAAAAAAAUAUAAGGAAUAUAUCAAGCAGUAUUGCUGUUUGUUACAUUUAAGUGUUUAUCUAAUACUGUAAUAUGAAUACUGUAAUAUGAUACUAGUUUCAAAAUCAAGUAGAUAGUGUCUAAAGAUGGAGAAAACAAUCAGACAUCAGAGAAAAACCUAAAGUUAUUCAGUGACACACCUAACCAAACACUGACAUUCAUGGUAACCAGAGUGUUGGGACCUUGACUUGUACAAUCAGGCUGCAGUUAUCUCCGGAGAAACUUCUGCAUAAAAAUGAUAUUUAAGUAAUCACUAUAAAUAAAUCUCAAGAAAGCAAAGAUAAUAUUUAAUGUUUAUUGAGUACUCAUUAUUAAUUUAUAUAAGUUAGUGUGCAGUUCAGUUUAUGCAGGAAUUUACUGAUACUGAAUCAGUUUGAAAAAAACUGGAACUUAACAAAGGGUAGCUUACAAUUGUUUCACUGGUGCAUCUAACCCAAAUUGUUCAUGGCCAGUGAAUGCAGCUUGUAUGAUAUGUGAUAAAGCUAGUUAUGGUGAUACCACUGAUAAACUCUGAGUAUAAAUGUAGAUCUCAGUUGGUUCUUCAAAAGCUAGCAUUAGACUUUACAGCAAGUUAACUUGCACACAUAUGUAUCCCAUGUGUACGUUUGGAUAAUAGCUUUUUUGUUAUGUAUUUUGUUUGACCUUGGUCAUGAGGUAAAUAAAGUUGUUAAACUGUAGAGUAUAAUGAAUUAUGGUAGACAUGAUUAUAUACAUAUAAAAUUGAAAACAUAAUUUCUUUUAUUGAUUUAAAAGCUGAUUUUGUAACUUAUUCAGAAUAAAGCUCCUUUGGUCAUUUUCUAUGAAAAUGAUGAUUUUGAAAA